AUGUCGUUCAACAUCCGCAAUGCCCUGACUCUGGGUGCCUUCUCUGCACUCGCGGCAGCCCAGACUGUACCCCCGAAGCUUGACGCAACUUGCGCUGAUGUAGUCAUCUUCAUGGCUCGCGGCAACGACGCACCAUACCAUGACGGUCGCACAUUCCCCUUUGUCGAAGCUACUUGCGGCAAGUUGACUGCCCAGGGCAAAAGCUGCGAUUACAUCGACAUCCAGUUUGACGUUACUCUGGGUGGUGACUACUGCAACCAAGUUGCUGAAGGCGCUCGCAAUGGUAUCUCUCAGAUUACGGCCUUCCAUGAGAAAUGCCCUUGCUCGCACAUCGUGGUCAAUGGCUACUCAGAGGGAGCGCACGUCGUCGGUGACGUGCUUGGUGGACCGGGUGGUUGUACUUUUGUCUCUACCGGUCUGGAUAACAACUCUGCUGCUGGUAAAGCGGUCGCGGCAGCUCUUCUCUGGGGAGACGUGAUGCAUACUGCCAACCAGCCCUACAACGUGCUCGACGGUGCCGACAAGCAAGCCAACGGACGCAAACCAGAGGAUCUCGCACGCCUCAACCGCUACGCACCGGUGCUCCGCUCUUACUGCGCUGCUGGUGACCCAGUCUGCGCCGGCGGUAAUAUUGUGGCCGACCACCUAAAUUACUUUGAGCUCUACACCGACGACGCUUCUUCCUGGGUUGUUUCCAAGAUUGACAGUGUCGCGCCUCUGCCGUCGUGUGCCGUGUCCAGCUCGUCCGUUGUCUCUUCGGCUACUAGCGCUGUCGUCACCCAGUCCUCCGCUGUUGCUCCUACCCUAUCUUCCAUGGUCACAGUCACCGCUACACCCACCAUGGUUGAGUCUUCUGCGACCGAGACGCCUUGCUCGACUUCGCCUGCAAUGGUAUCCCCGUUUCCCUCGCCCGUCCCAUACAACCCAGGCUCAUGCGUCCUGGAAGUCCAUGUAGAAUAUGCAUACGUUUAA